GCGGCGCGCUCCCGGGACCCGCGGCGGCGGCGGCGGCGCCCCCUAGCAGCCGCUCCCCCAGCCCGGACGCCGGCUAUGGCUACGGCGCGGGGGCCGGCCGCCCGGAAGGCAAGAGCGGCGCCGAGGACUCCCGCAUCCGGCGCCCCAUGAACGCCUUCAUGGUGUGGGCCAAGGACGAGAGGAAGCGGCUGGCCCAGCAGAACCCGGACCUGCACAACGCGGUGCUGAGCAAGAUGCUGGGCCAGUCUUGGAAAGCGCUUAGUGCUAACGACAAGCGUCCCUUCGUGGAAGAGGCCGAGCGACUGCGGAUCCAGCACCUGCAGGAUCACCCCAACUACAAGUACCGCCCACGGAGGAAGAAGCAAGCCAAGAAGAUCAAGCGGAUGGAGCCAAACAUCCUUCUGCACAACCUGUCCCAGCCUUGCAGCGAAAGCUUUGGGAUGGGCCACCGUCCCACAGGCGGCCUUGGCCACGCAGGCCACUCGCAGCCUCCCCCGCUCAACCACUUCCGAGAACUCCGCUCGGUGGGCUCGGAUAUCGAGAACUAUGGCCUGCCGACCCCUGAGAUGUCCCCCCUGGACGUGCUGGAGCAGACCGAGCCGGCCUUUUUCCCUCCUCACAUGCAAGACGACUGCAGUGUGAUGCCCUUUCGGGGCUACCCCCACCACCCGCCCCCUCCCCAGAUGGAGUUCUCCCCGGAAAAAAACCUGGGCCGGAACAUGCCGAUGGGGUACCCCCAGAACCCGCCCUCACACCUGGCCGAGGCCAUGAGGACUCCCCACCCACCUGGCAUGUACUACAGCCAGAUAUGUGCCGGAGCCACUAAUGGCCUUUCGGCCCACCUGGGCCAGCUUUCCCCGCCCCCCGAAUCCCACCACCUGGACGGCGUGGAUCACUUGAAUACCAAUGAGCUUUGGACAGAAGUCGACCGCAACGAGUUCGACCAGUAUUUGAACAUGAGCAGGACUCGUCCAGACCCGUCGGGGUUCGCCUACCACGUUUCCGUGUCCAAAGUGACUCCUCGGGGCCUCGGCUGUGAGGAGAGCAGUUUGAUAUCCGCCUUGUCCGAUGCCAGCAGUGCUGUGUAUUACAGCACGUGCAUUACAGGGUAGAGCGGCGUGUUCACCCGGGGGAGAGGUUCGGGGCCAGCCCGCCUGACAGGCCGAACCGGGUGCCGCGGUCUUUUCCUCUUCCCGGGGAGGCCUGGGAAAUGCGAGGGGGGCCGGGGAUCUCCAUCCGAACGGCCGACAUGAUCCCCUGAUGGCACUUCCCAGGAUCCUUUGAGAGAUCGUGGCGGCCAGACUGAUGUAACUUUGGAGUGUAUUGUGCCCUUAGAAGCUUGGCAGCAAGAAAGGCCCUGGCAUGGCACGCGAAUUAUCUUGGCUUGAGACAGAAGCAGCUUGGUUUCCUGUCCCUCCGGAUAUGAUGCCCGCUGACAAACUGAUGGUUGCUUGUUGAGAGGUGGCACAGCUCCGCAGCCAUGCUGAGCAGCCAGGGCCAAUGUGCUGAAGAGCAAAGCUGUGAUGGGAACUUUGAAACCGUCGCUGCGGAGAACUGGCAGGCGUUUCUGCUGUGGACUCAGGGAUCUCGCCCUUGGAAAUCCGUGGAAUGGGGCUCGUGCGUAAGGGCUUCGUCACACAUUACUGAUCACUGAGUGUUCCCUUAAGAUCCUCUUGUGUAUAAGAAAGCAAAAAGGGUGGGGAAUUAAGGGACUUGGUUGCAGAAAAGUGCACCGUGCCUGUUAGGGCAACCUGAUUAGGUUUGGCCUCUUUAUAAGGAUCUCCUCGGCUACUGGUCCAGUUUUGCUGCCCCAGAAUGUGCGGAGUGGCCUUUUGAAUCCCCGCUUUGCGCAUUUUCAGCGGACGGGGCAGAACAGAAGCACGUCCCACUCGCGUGAUUCAGCAGAAGGGGCAAAAUAGCAACAUAGGUCUUUGCAUGGUGGAGUUAAUGCGCUCUGCCAUGUGCACCAGGCUUCCAAGCUCUCCCCUUCUCUGUGAACAUGACAAUAUUUAGAUUAUCUCAUUAAAUGCGUUGCUUUUUUUUUUUUUACUGAAAUAAUGCUGAACUGAUGAUAUACUGUAUUGCUAUGUAGCACAAGGUAAUGGACAGUCUCAAAGCAAGAGGAAGCUGCACGGAUCGGGUGCCGAGAGGCAGACAAGGACUGCUUGCCGGAAUCUUUAGCAGCUCUGUAGCAGAAGGUGUUCAGUCAGGGGCGGUUUCUCUAUCCCUUUAGCACUAUAAUCUGAUGGCCCAUGCCUGCUAAAAUCUUUCUGCUCUGGCGUGACAGUGGCGUAUUUGCUCACCCCCCGGGUUCACCUGUGCAGCUGGGGAAUUGGAGCGACAGCUUAGGUCUGACGCUUGGUUUUUGAGAGGGGUUUUAGCUCGGAUGUCCACUGUGAGCAUUUCCAUUUGCCGAAGGCAAGCUAGCAACAUGGUGCGUGGCCCAGUGGAAGCCCACCAUCCAAGCCCUGAAUCUCUGAUGUGUGUGAACCCCAAAAGAGAUGCAUGUGAUAUUAAACUGUAGGUCUUUAUUUUAGCAGCACCAAAUUGCAUCCAGGAGAGAGAAAUCAGGCAUGCCUGAACAGUGUCAGAAUGAACUUGGAUUGUAAGACCAACCAGAAAAGAUGUUGUGUAUCAAAGUGGAAGAGAAGUAAAGUUGUGAUAAUGGGAAGAGGGAUUGAGAUCGGUUAAACUGGUGUGAGGUGCAAUGAAAGGGAAGAUUUAAAGAGUCUUUAAAAGGUCUUUCAAAGGGCAAUACGAUUUGCGGGUGGUCAUAUAAUUCUCCCUGGAUUGCUCCUGUUUACUUGACAGUCAAUUCACUGACCUCAGUUACUUCCAAGUUGUUUCAGGAUUCACCCUCAUCUGUUUGCAUUAUAUUCCUCUGUAGAGAAAAGCACCCCACUGAAUUCAGCAAGGUUUACUCCCUGGUAAACCUGUUUAGGAAUGGAUGGCUAAUCCAUUUCAAUCCUAUUAAACUGGCUCAGGCGCUUUAAAGAUCAGGGUUUUUGAGAUCGCGGGCAAAAGGAGCCCUCUGCAUUUUCCAAUCUCAUGCAUGCGUUGGUAUGCAUUUGCCACGGCGCUUGGACAAGCCAAGCUGUGGGGGACUUCAGUGUUGUGAACCACCCAGAGAGCUUCGGCGAUGGGUGGUAUAGAAAUAUAAUUAAUAAUAUAUAAUUAAUAAUGAUCUAGUCCAGGCCUAGUUCCGCUGACGAGGGUGCUGUUCUUCUAAACCUCAGGCUGAGGGACUCCCCUCGGGCCGCCACCGCUUCGCUCUCGUGGCGUUUUCUUCUGGAGUUUGAACCUGGGAGUGACAGCCCCUCUUCCCAGGGCGGAGAUGCCCCUUCCAGCCCUAUAUUUUCAUCAAGGUCUGAGCUCUGCCAUUCGAAUGGACGUGUUCUGAAUUCAAUCACCAUGGAAAUAAUCCUAUGCAUGAAUUAGAUGGGGAAAGACCAGGGAAUGCUGGGAAUCGUAGGCCCUUUUUCUGUCUAAACAUCAUUGGAUUGCACCCUACAGCUCCAUGAAAACUGAAUGGCGUGGCCUAAAAGACGUGGAGUGAUUCUCUUGCAGGAGCCAUUACCGGUCUGAGAAUAGUUUAGGGGUUUUCCCCCGACAUAUUUUUCACUGUAUCCAGAGUAUUAUCUUUCAAUUGAACAAUAGGUCUAUAUUUUUACUUAGCUUUUUUAUAUCUAUCUGUUUGUCUAUCUAUAAAUAAUAUUUAAUUUGUUCAGGCAUUUUAUACUAUUGCCUCCCUUUUUCUUCUUUUUUAUAAUAAAUGAAAGGAUAUCCGUGCUGUAGGAAGCAUUUAUGUAGCAAGACGGAUUAAAACAAAGAACAGGCAGGAGAGAGGUGUAAAAUCUUUCAGAAGAACCUUUUUGGAUCUGGGCUUAAGGAAAGUGGUGUGAGCAUUUUUGCUGCUGCAAAGCCGCACGCAUUCAAGGACGCCCAUCCAGCAGGAUGUUCUAACCAAGUCACCCGUUGAAUCCAAUGGCAGUGCCAUAAGAGUGCAGGAAAACAUCCUUCUGAAUUGGGCCCCAAACUGCAUUGCUCACUAGUUAAUUAUUAAAACAUCUUUUCCUAAUUCCUUGACUCUCAUGCGCUUGUUUAUGUGAACACAUGUUUCUCCCCCAAAUAAAUGUUGCCCCCAACUGUUUCCAGAUUUUUCUGGCAGUGGAUUCUUGUGUGGACUUUGCUUGGUUUCAAGGAAACACCCUCCCACUAAGCAUUGGGUGGGUGGGUGGGUGAGUGGGGGGCACAUACCCAAGAGAAAGACAGAAAAGAGCUGGUUUGAUCGUAGCUCAGUUACCAACACACGCAAAUCCAUGCCUAUUUUGCAGCGAUGUAAGUUGUUGAAGCUUUCGGUUGGACACCGCAUCUGUUCCCAGAUUUGAAAAACUCACCCUCUAAUAAAACACCGUGAUUAUCCUUCUCACAA